AUGACAAAUUAUAAUCCUCCUACCGUGUAUUUAGACGGGUUAGCGACCGAACUUAAAGUAGAAAUUAUUCUCCACUUGAGUAAUCCUAUACCACUUGCUCGAUGCUCGCGUGCUUGGUAUGCCACAGUAAACUCGUCUGCUACAAAGUCCAAAUGGCUGAUCGGCAGAUAUGGUAAAACCCAUGCAUUAUUUCAUGCUGUAAAAAUGGGCGAGCCAUUCAUUAAUGUUGAUGUCAUUGAAUGUCUAUUUGCCCAAAAAGCCCAUCUGAGCCGAUACUUUAUUCAGCGAUUGAUGCUUGGAUUUGGCAAGCAUGACAGCAGGCUUAUUGACCUCAAAUUGACACACAACAUAAGACCGCUCGAUCCGGAACAGAAAAAAUCCAUUCAAAACAAAAUCCGUAGCCCGUGGGCGAGCGAUCUUUCCUUUGAUGUCUUCUUCCGCAUUCUCAAUGAGGGACAUGACCGAUUUGACGGAAACGACAUUCCGCUGCGCGGAAAUGACAUGGAAUCAUUUUAUUAUCUUUCGGCUGGUCCAUUGUGCAUUAAUCAAGCGAGAAAAAAAUUGAGGGAAAAUGAAAAGGAAAUUGAAAUUUUGAUUCAGAGAUACAAAUUUGCCCCAUUUCCUCCUAGGCCAAACAUAGGGAACCCAGAGUCACAUCCCGUAAACUCCGAUGAUUAUCCGCCUACUGAUGGCUACGAGAAUGUUCGCCAACUAAAUGACAUUGCGCGAGCCAUUCUUUUACAUCCCAAAUUAGUUAAUUUCUGGAAAGAAAGCGGAUAUUAUGAAAUAGUCGAUGAUAUGAACGAUUUGGUAAUGGGAAGCGUCUUAUCAAAUUUUAAUUCAACUUUAGGCCAUUUUAUUAGGGAACUAAAAACUCUGCAAUCGGUUGGAUUUAGACCGACAAAUGAGAUGAUGGGAGAUGCUUUGAUAUUUUUUGAACAUCGUUUAAAAGAUAUAGAAGUACUGAUAGAUGCGUUUGUCAUUGGUCGUGGUCUGAAUAGGAACACUAUACUUUCUAUAUGCUUAAGAGAAUUGUUGAACCCAGACAGAAAUCUUGAACAGUAUAAUUUACUUGAAUUUAUCCUCAAUCGGAUUGAUAACCCUGAAGAGAUCGCGUACAGGACCCUGCAAAGCUACAAUAUCGGAAAUUCCGUGAAUAUUCAUCCAAGUAGGAGUGGUUCUAUUCCUCAGGCUUAUACAGUACUCAAAUAUGGCCCCAUCGUUUAUUAUUACAUGCUAGCAAAGUUUGGUGUCGACUCACGCAUUGCUACAUAUCUGAUGAGCGAGAUUACAGCUGCUCGCAUAUGGAAAACCAAACUUCAUGAAUCCAAUAGGUCUCUCGUCUUGUCUUCCGCUUCAAUCGAUACCCUAUGGCAAGAAUUAAAUACGGUCUUUAAUGUAUAUUAUAAAUCAGGUGUUCAUUUCGAACCGCGACUUUUAUCCUUGUUCCAAACAUGUCCGGAGGAAGCAGUCAUCACAUGUCUAUUUGAGGGAUACUUGGCGAAAUUGUUUGGAUACAAAGUCGAAUUUCAGCCAUCACAAGUAGACGAAAUUCUGCCAUUGCAAGUUACCCCAUUUACACAUGGUAAACGCAGAGCAAGCGAUGAAGCGAGGAUGGAAUGGUGGCAUGCGAUUCGUUAUUGUAAUCUGAACGACGAGAUGAUGGUCAUAUUUAGACGUCAACACAAAAGAUUCCUCCAACGUGUAUGUGGAACUGUUGGCACAUCCGUCAGCGUCAUCAAAACGGCGUCGACUUGGGUAAAAUUUAAGUGA